UCAUAAUUAAAAAUGUCUUGUAAAAAUUUGCUAUUUAGAAAGUCUCUUCAUAUUUUUCGAAUGAAUAUCUUGAUAUUUAAUCGAUACACGAUACAAUCUGCUUCGAUGUGAUUCUACUUGCUGCAAGAUUGCUGUAUACUCGCGCAUUUCAAAAAUAUAAUGUAUAUUUUCCGGCUGUCAAUCAAAAAUACAUUCAUAACGAGGCUAAAUUUUAACGUUCGUUUUUUUAAAAUGAUGAAUCAUUAGCCUCCCUACCUUUCUUCCGUUUUGCCUCCCUCCACUCAUUCAAAUAGUAACCACUACCAUGAAUACGUUUACUUUUAAAGACAGUACUUGCUGUCUUUCCGAGACAGAAGCAAGCAGGUGUGCGUAAUGUUUGAUGGAGGCAAUUUAUUAAUUCGCUUAUCGACGAUCGUCUACUUAAAAAAACGUCUGUAUACUCUUCCGAUAGGCAUCUCGAAUACGUGUUAAGGUAAUAGAAUAUGUAGAUUUGUGCGCGACGAAAGAAGAUAACGCGCCCACGCGGAAAACGUUUUCGUUCAAAUACGACAAAAGUGAGACCAUCGUAAAUGUCACCUCUAUAAACGCGCUGUAUUUUCUGAAACGCGAGUGCACACGAUUCGCGGGAAAAGACGUUUUACCCUAUAAUCGCCGCAAAAUAUCAAGUUUACGGGAUAUAAAGGACGACAGAGCAUGGGGCUGUGCUGCUCGGAGAGAGACGAGGCUCGCUCGUUGCAACCGGGACACGAAAAUGGAAUUAUGAAAGAUUCUAUUCGAAGUGAUAUAGAAAAAUUCGGACUUUAUCAGACGGUCAUGUUGGUAUUUAUAUGCAUACCAUUAAUUUUACCGGGAAUGUUCACGCUUUCUUACGUAUUUACUGCAAGCGAAAUUAAAUACAGAUGUUUAGUGCCGGAAUGCGAGAAUCCGGAAAACACGACGUUCGAGCCACCGUGGAUCAACAUUUCCGCGCCGAAAAUCAACGGAAAGAUCUCCGAAUGUACACGUUACGCGGUGCGGGACAAUCACUUUGGCACAUGCUCGAAGACAUCGUUCACCAACGUGACUCGCGAAUGCGGUUCUUGGGUUUACGAUCCGUACGAGCAUACGAUACUCGAUGAGUGGGAUUUGACCUGCGAUGAUAAUCGAUGGAAACUCACGCUAGUAGGCACGAUACAGAGCGUCGGGCAGUUCAUCGGUUUGAUAUUCGCUGGAUAUAUAUCUGACAGGUAUGGGAGGCGAACCUUUUUGACGCUGACAACGUCUCUGGCCGGAGUCAGCGGCCUGAUACAUUCCUUCUCCGUGAAUUAUUGGAUGUUUCUCGCAUUCGAGUUCCUCGACGCCAUCAUGGCGUCCGGAAUUUACAGCGCGGGAUUUAUUUUAGGAGUAGAGAUGAUAGAAGUAAAGAACAGAGUUUUCGCGAGCAGCGUCAUAUGCUGCAUGUUCACUACAGGCGAGAUAUUGUUGGGAUUGAUCGCGAGCUGGCUAAGAUCCUGGCGGAUGCUUCUUAGGGUGGUGUACGCGCCGGGACUAUUGACCAUUUUCUUGCCCCUGCUCAUUCCAGAAUCGGUCAGAUGGCUGUUGUCGAAGGGUAAAACUGACAAAGUGGAGAAAAUAUAUCGCAAAAUGGCGCGAAUGAAUAACCUGCCAGAAACGGAAGAGGCUAUCAAUAUAUUCAAGGAAUUAAAUGUUGCUACAAACGAAACGAAAAGCGAGCUAUCGACGCUGGACAAAAAGAAACCGAUCGUGCAGGUUUUCCAUAGCCCGGUGAUACUCAUUCGUUUGUUCAUCUGGUCGUUCUGCUGGAUUACAAACACCUUCGUUUUUUAUGGAUUGUCGUUGAAUUCCGUGGCAUUCGCCGGAGAUAAGUACAUCAAUUUCAUACUCGUCGUCGUGGUCGAGAUACCGGCUUUCGGUCUCGCCUGGCUGCUGACCGAUCGCAUUGGCCGUAAACCAACCCUCUCCAGCACGUUCCUGCUGAGCGGACUAUUCUGCCUCGCUAUCCAGUUCAUUCCGAAAGGUACCUGGAGUUACGCGCCUUUACUUUUGUACAUGGCCGGGAAAUUGUGCAUCACCAUAGCGUUCGCCACCACCUACAUCUACACCGCCGAGUUGUUCCCGACGACGCUCAGGCAUUCCUUGCUAGGGUUUUGCAGCAUGGUGGGUCGCAUUGGCUCAAUCCUGGCACCGCAGACGCCUCUUCUGGCGCAAAUAAUGCCCUCGCUGCCGGUCAUCCUAUUUGGGUCCAUGGGCAUGAUCGCGGGCAUGCUGUCUCUAAUCUUCCCGGAAACUUUGGGGACGAAACUUCCGGACACCAUAUGGGAAGCGGAAAACAUCGGUAGACUCAAGUCAAACGAGACGCGCAAAAUUCCGGAUCUUAAGAAGGACACAAAGACUCGUCAAGUCUGAGAGAGAGAAAGAGAGAGAGAGAGAGAGAUAGCAAUCAUUUUUAAAACUUUAUCGGCAACACGUUCCUUUCGGACACCCCAGAUAUCGAUAAGGGAUCUUUACAAGAUCUACGAUGUCUAAAAAAAUAUGUAAAAAAAGGAUAUAAUUUUUAUUACAGGCACCGAGAUUUGGCACCGAGAGAGUCUGCCACGCUGCAGAUUUUAUCUGUCGGCGAUUUGAAUAAGCGCGAUGUAUUUUUCUAGGCCACGUGACUGUUUACCUUCCGCGAAACCAUCCACCGUCCCGUCAUUCGUCUUAGUUCCCGCGCACGGAGGAAGGAUUAUAAUAUCUUCCGACGUAAAAUCUUCACGUGCGUGCAAUUCACAAGGCGUGUGCUGGUGGAAAUAAAUCGCGCGGAUCUCGUAUUUGUACAAUAUUCGUACAUCACGUUUUCUCGUCUCUUCGUUACGCGCAUUCUUGGAGCAUUUGCAUACUACUCUUCAUUAAUUUGUUCCUAGGCUUCUUCACGUUGUAAGAGAAACGAUAGAAUUGUAGCCAAUAUCAGCGGCAAUUGAUGUUGAUUUAUUGACCUAAUUAUCGAUUGUCCUAUAUUGAAAAAAAAAAAUUGAUUGCAUUAAUUAGAAAUCUGGUAGAUUUAAUCAGUGUCUAUUGGAAAAUGGACGAAUCAGAAUUUCUUUAGGAAUUAACAGAUGAGUAUGAUUAAUUUUUUCCUGUUAAAUUUAUCAGAUUUUCUUGGUAAUAAUACUAAACUUACAACAAAAAUGGCAUCUGUGUCCAUGUUUAGUUAAUACAAUAAGAGUUUUAUAGAUUCAACCAGGAAAUACUAACUAAAUCUUUGUGAUAAAGUCUAUUAAACGUUAGAAGAAAUCGAGUCUUAUCGUGAUAACUAGAAAUUCUGCUGGUUUAAUCAAAAUGCCUUCUAUCAGAUAUGUCUUGUUCAUACAAUUAAACGAUUUUUCUCAGAGUAUCGUUCUUGAGAAAGUAAAAAAAUGCACUGAGAAAAAAAUCUGGUUGCAUUAAUUAGAAAUCUGAUAGAUUCAACCAGUGUCUGUUGGAAAAUGGUCGAAUCAGAAUUUCUUUACGAAUUACCAGAUGAGUAUGAUUAAUUUUUUCCUGUUAAAUUUAUCAGAAUUUCUUGGUAAUAAUAUUAAACUUACAACAAAAAUGGCAUCUGUGUUCAUGUUUAGUUAAUACAACAAGAAGUUUUAUAGAUUUAAUCAGAAAAUACUAAUCAAAUCCUUGUAGUAAAGUCUAUUAAACGUUCUAGUUAGAAGAAAUCGAGUCUUAUCGUGAUAACUAGAAAUUCUGCUGAUUUAAUCAAAAUGCCUUCUAUCAGAUAUGUCUUGUUGAUAUCAAUUAAACAAUUUUUCUCAGUGUAAGAAGGCCUAGGAACGAAUUAAUGAAGAGUGUACAUCCGUAUUAAUACACUAUUUUUAAAAGUAAAUACGCAUUGCGUUUUGCUCUAGCCUAUUAUUUCGCAGAGACGUGACACCUAAGAUGAAUGCAGUGAAAAUGUGAAGAAAGAGAUGUUGCAUAUUUGUUUCCUCAAAUUUGUCUACGCAGCAAUAAUUUGCUCGUCCAUGAAUUGUCAAGUAGUCAUGCACCUGUCAAGAAAGAGAAUAUUUGCGUUGUACCGGUAUUAUGUAAUGUUGUCACGCGAUUGUUCAGUAUACGACACAAGCGUUUAUUUAUUACCUUCAAUUCUCUAUUUAUCUUAUAAUUUAACAGCGUAAUUUAUUUUUAUUAUUGUAACUUAAUUAUUCUGAAAGACAUUAAUAUAUAUAUAUUAUGUACGUAUUUCGAUUGUGCAUAUAUUCGCGAUGCAUUCAAGAAACUAAAGUAUUUCAAGUAUUAUUAAUUAGAGGUAGCACGAUAAUUGGAGUUUUCAAUUUCUUUUCUCGAUACAGUAUUUUUUAUUUAACGCAAACAUGUACGAAAUGAUAGAUCGUUAUUGUAUGAUAUUGAAAAUAGUGUUGGAGAACAAUAAAUUGUACGAAAUAAAUUAUUCAAACAAA